AUGAGAUCAUAGUGCACGAUAAACAGUGGAUGGCUAAGCAUCAAAGGAAUGCCUGUGGUCAGCACUUUUGCAACGGUGGCAAUUUAAUUUUCGCGAGUUUGACCUUAGCUUUUUUGUAUGGGAAACAAAUUGCAUUUUGUACUGAAUUACAGGGAAUUAUUGUGCAAUUCGUGUGACUGAAAGCCAUCGACGAUCGUGUAAGCAACGGUAUCUUCUGGAGGCAGCAAAUUACUGUUUGAUCAGUCACACAUCCAGAAAGGUGUGUCUGUCGGUGUGACACUUUAUUGAGGGGUAUAGAUAUCCACCUAUAUACCAAACAGUUUGAAUCGGAAUCGAAUAUAGCACCGCGCUGCUAGCCAGUCAGCCAGUCGGUGAUAAUGAGUCACUAAUCAGUAGAACGUGGAUAAGAGCGGUCGGUUUUUUCGUCGUCGUCGUCGUCGCGGAGUCGCCGGAUAGUGUUUCGCAAUAGUGGAAUUCAGAGCUGUGGCUUCACCCUGUUGUAGAUGUAUGGAGAUUUCAAAAAUUUCGCAUUCUCAUAGUGAUGAACCAAAGUGAAAGUUCGCUGUCGCUGCCCAGUUUCCAGUGAAUAGUGCUUUACUACUGGGCCCAGUAUUAAUUUGCACAAAGUUCGCAACCGACCCGAUUCGUGACCGGAUAUCGGGGAGUCCGAAACUUAUCUUAUCAUCGCGACUGAGACUAAAUAAUUGAUUUGAAGCUGAACAUGGCCGCGUAUCUGAAUAACCAGCAACAAAUGCAGCACCCCACGGAUCCACACCACGAAAUCAUUCCUCUUCAGCGAAUGACCACUCGGGAGGAAGCCACGGAGAGACAACGAAUCCGGGAUAUUUUCGACAAAUACGACCGUAACCGAACCGGCCUGCUGUCGAUCCAGGAGCUCAAACGUAUGAUCAACAACAGACGGUGUCCGGAUCUACCGAAAGGCUUCGUGAAGAAUCUUCUGAAAACCGCCGACACCAACAACGAUGGCCACCUGGAUUUCGAAGAGUUUUACCAAAUGUCCCGGGAACAUCACUACCUCUUCCGGGACAUGUGCGUCCGGUACUGCAAACUGGUGAUCCCCAGUCGAAACCCGGCCACAGUGGAUGAGACUGGCCCAGCAAUGGCAUACCAACGACAAAUAUCCACCGCAACAGUCAUUUCCUCCGAACGAGAUGGCGAGUAUGAGCGAAGUAUGAGCCUGUGGCCUCCUCCCCUCACUAUGAUUGUGUUUUCGAUAGUGGAAAUUAUCUUCUUCGUCAUUGACAUUAUCGAAACUAAUAAUCAGAUGGGAACUAGUACGAAUGGUCCAAUGGCCACCCUGUUCAUCUACAAUCCUCAGCUCCGAGAGCAAGCGUGGCGAUUUGUGACGUAUAUGUUUGUUCACAUAGGCUUCAUGCACAUUGUGAUGAAUCUACUGGUGCAAAUAUUCCUGGGAGUAGCCCUCGAAUUAGUGCACUGUUGGUGGCGGGUGGCCCUCGUAUAUCUGGCCGGAGUGUUGGCCGGUUCCAUGGGAACAUCCAUCUUCUCUCCUCGAGUUUUCCUAGCUGGAGCGUCCGGAGGCGUAUACGCCCUCAUCACGGCUCACAUUGCCACGAUUAUAAUGAACUGGAGCCAAAUGGAGUACGCCAUCGUGCAGUUGUUCGUGUUCCUGGUGUUCUGCGUGACCGAUUUGAGCGUCUCGAUCUAUAACAGCAUUUACGAUCCGUACGAUAAGGUGGGCUACAUCGCCCACGCUAGCGGAGCUUUGGCGGGCUUCCUGGUCGGCAUUGGAGUGCUGCGGAAUCUCAGAGUCCGACCAUGGGAGCGGAAGCUGUGGUGGUGUGCGGUCACCAUCUACUUCCUACUGAUGGCAGCCGGCGUGAUGUUCCACAUUUUCUAUCCCGACCACUUUUAUCCUAAGUUCGCCUAGGUCAGUCUGUAGCUAUAGGGUUUAUACGUAGUUUUUCCUAAGAAUCAUUGUUAGGCAUUUACUUACUCCGAGUAUCCCAAAAGACAACCGAUUUCGCCGGCAUUGAAGCAUAAUAUGACAGCGCAAAUGCAAAGCAAACUCGUGCCUCGUUGAUGAACGACGAUAUGUAUAGUUAUUUAAGCGAUCUUGAACGAUUUCUGUACUUGACGCCAAUGUGCCUUUUGAUAUCUUUACUUAAGAAGUAUUUUAUCCUACUUUACAAAAUUAAAAGCACAAAUGAAGAUAAGAUAUGAGGAAUUUUGAACAAUUGCUAAAAGCAUAUUUAUUCUAGAGUUCUUUGCGAACAAGUUUAUGUUUUGAUUUCUUUUAAGCGCAUUUCAUACGAAAUGAAAAGUUUUAUCUCUACAACAUUGAGUUUUUCCUUAUA